AUGGCCGCGCUGCACGCUAAGGCCGGUGGCCCCCCGCAGAUCCCCGACACCCGCCGGGAGCUGGCCGAGCUGGUGAAGCGCAAGCAGGAGCUGGCGGAGACGCUAGCCAACCUGGAGCGGCAGAUCUACGCCUUCGAAGGCAGCUAUCUGGAGGACACGCAGAUGUACGGGAACAUCAUCCGCGGCUGGGACCGGUACCUCACCAACCAGAAGAACUCCAACAGCAAAAACGACCGCAGAAACCGCAAGUUCAAGGAGGCCGAGCGGCUCUUCAGCAAGUCCUCGGUUACCUCGGCAGCGGCUGUCAGUGCAUUAGCUGGAGUUCAGGACCAGCUUGUUGAGAAGCGGGAGCCGGGCAGUGGCACGGAAAGUGACACUUCUCCAGACUUCCACAACCAGGAGAAUGAGCCCAGCCAGGAGGAUGCUGAAGAGCUGGAUGGGUCUGUGCAGGGGGUGAAACCCCAGAAAGCUGCUUCCUCUACUUCUUCUGGGAGCCACCACAGCAGCCACAAAAAACGGAAGAACAAAAACCGGCACAGAGUGGAAGGAUCUUCAUGUUGUGGAACAGCUCAUUUUGAUUCUUAGUUGAGCAGAGGAGAAGGUGGCUUCACCCUGUUCUCUGACUUUCAUUUUGAACACCAUCCCCUAGAAUGUACACUGCUUUUAGAUGCAGGGAAGGCUGGAGCUCAAAGCCAUCUUGCUCUUUGCUGUCUUCAAGGUUGGGUGGAUUCUCUUUUUAAUACAAACUUCUGCCAUUUGUACAUAAACA